AUGACGGUCUUCAUCGCAUCUCUAUUUUUACCUUAUACAGUUAAUUUUCAUGUCGAAGACCCACGCAGUCGCUCUCCAGUUGGGCCCCCAUCCGCAAACCCUACUGUGGAGGGAAUCACCCCCCUCCCCAAUGCAACUGCCAGCUUAUUUGAGAAUACCAACCCGGCAAAACCACCUGCUCUUACACCCGGAGCUACCACAGACCAUGAGCGUAUAUUCACUGCUAGUGUAGCCCCGGCGAAGCAAGAGAACAACGAGUAUCCGUUCCCUUCCUCCGCUGAUGAUAACCGGCUGCUCACUGAGAGUGAGGGACAUUCUCCUGCAUGGGGUUCUACAACCUUGUUGAAUCAACCGAAGCCACAGACGAGUUUGUCACCCGAUCCCUCCAUUCUCAAACAUCAAGACCCCCUCACUGCCAAGAAGCUCGUGCCUCAGCGGGUUCUCCCCGCUCAACCCGCACCCCCGUACAAGGGACUACGAAAAGGCAGUGUAGCAAACCGCAAGGUAUCGUUUUCCAAGGCGGAAUGGAGUAUCCAGACUGCGGAACAGGGCAAUGGUGGUCUGCGCAAUGCUGUUCGGUCAGCGACAGACGCUGGUGUUUUGGAAGAAAUUAUGUGGGUAGGCACCUUAGGGAUGCCGACUGACGCUCUUGCAAAAUGGACUCGGCGAGACAUAUCGGAGAAGUUGGAAGAUGAGUACGAGUCAUUGACUGUGUUUGUGAAUGAUGGUGAUUUCGACGGUCACUACACGCACUUCUGCAAGACAAUCCUCUGGCCGGUAUUCCAUUACCAAAUCCCGGAUAAUCCCAAGAGCAAAGCCUAUGAAGACCAUUCGUGGAUCUACUAUGUCAAACUCAACCAGGCAUUUGCGGAGCGUAUUGCCAAGCACUGGAAACGGGGUGAUUCGAUAUGGGUCCAGGACUACCAUCUACUGCUUGUUCCAGCUAUGCUCCGUAAGCUGGUCCCGGAUGCCCAGAUCGGCUUCUUCUUGCACAUUGCUUUCCCAUCGUCGGAGGUAUUCAAAUGCUUAGCACCACGCAAGGAGCUCCUCGAGGGUAUUCUUGGUGCCAACUUGAUCGGAUUCCAGACUGAUGAAUACUGCCGACACUUUUUGCAGACAUGCAGUCGCAUCCUUUGUGUGGAAGCAACGCCUGAAGGAAUACAGUUGGAAGAUCGUUUUGUCAACGUUGGUACGUUCCCUAUCGGUAUUGACCCCACUUCCUGGGACAAGCGCCGCCAAUUGACAGACGUGGAGCGAUGGGUUGAUACAAUUUCGGAGCGCUAUCAAGGAAAGCGUCUUAUUGUCUCGCGCGACAAGAUUGACUCCGUUCGUGGUAUUCGCCAGAAGCUUCUUAGCUACGAGCUUUUCUUAAACAGCAAUCCAGAAUGGGCUGAUAAGGUUGUCUUGAUCCAAGUCGCAACAAGUACCACGGAGCAACCUGAACUGGAAGCGACUCUCUCUGACAUUGCCAUGCGGAUCAACUCCACUCAUUCUACCCUUGCCCACCAGCCCUUGGUCUUCCUCAAGCAGGAUUUGGCUUUCCCACAGUAUCUCGCCCUUAUCACUGUGGCGGAUGCUUUGAUGAUUACCAGCCUCCGUGAGGGGAUGAACUUGACCAGUCACGAGUUUGUCUAUUGCCAGGAUGGUCUCUAUGGUGACAAAGCUUAUGGAUCAUUGAUUCUAAGUGAGUUUACUGGCAGCGCAUCCGUUUUCGGAAAUCAUGCCCUUUUGGUCAACCCUUGGGACUACCGCCAGUGUGCCGAGGCCAUUCACACUGCAUUGACGCGCGAUGAGAAGCAAAGGAAAGAGGUCUGGGAGCAGAUGCUCAGCGCAGUCUUGCAAAAUUCGACCGCAAACUGGGUCAAAUCAUUCCAGCAGACGCUGACGCGGGUUUGGAAUGAGCAAUCGUCGCGUGAGAUCAUGGCUGUCCCCCGGCUGUCUGUAUCACGGCUCAUUGAGCGGUACCGGCAGUCAAAGCAACGUCUCAUGAUCCUCGAUUAUGAAGGAACGCUGGCUUCGUGGGGCUCACCCCGUAGCAUCAUCCUGACCACACCGCAGCGCGCAAUCACAACAUUGACUGAUUUGACCGAUGAUCCGGCCAAUGUUGUUUAUGUGAUGAGCUCGCGCAUGCCAGAAGAGAUGGAGCGGUUGUUCCGGCAGGUACCCAACCUGGGACUGAUUGCCGAGAACGGUUGUUUUGUCCGCGAACCGCAUGCCGAUUCGUGGACCCACCUUGCAGAUAAAGUCCAUGUCAAAGCGUGGAAGUCGUCCGUAUCUCAAAUUUUGGCUUACUUCCAUGCGCGUGUGGAAGGUAGCUGGAUCGAGGAGCGUCACUGCUCCCUCGUUUUCCACCACGGGUCCGCUGAAGACCGUCACAUCGCUGCUCGACUUGCUGCCGAGUGUGCAGGCAACAUCAAUGAUGCAUGUGCUAACCAGGGCGUGCAUGCCAUUCCGGUUGAGGGUGCCUUGGUCGUGGAGACUACCCAUACCAACAAGGCAUCUGCUGCCGAGCUAGUGUGGAAAUGGUUCCUGGCGGGCGUCGAAAAGGGAGAAGGUGCUCUCAAGCCCGACUUUUUGUUUGUUGCUGGUGACAACCGGGAGGACGAGCCUGUUUUCCGCUGGGCGAACAAGCUGCAGACAGCUAAGGCCGUUGACUAUGCCAUGACUGUCACUCUGGGUUCACGCAGUACUGAGGCCAAGGCAACGCUAACUCAGGGAGUAACUGGUGUGCUUUCUUGCCUACAGCAAUUGGCUGCUCCCCAAGACCAAACAAAACUGCCCUUGCGGCAGUGA